AUGGCUGUUGCUGCUGCUCAAAAGAACCGCGAAAUGUUCGCUAUUAAAAAAUCAUACAGUAUUGAGAAUGGAUAUCCAGCUCGUCGAAGAUCUCUUGUCGACGACGCGCGUUUUGAGACUUUGGUGGUCAAGCAAACCAAGCAAAGUGUUCUCGAAGAAGCCCGUCAGAGAGCCAAUGACUCAAGUGCUGAUCCAGCAAAUUGCGCUCAAGAACAGCAAGACCACGAGGAACCUUACACGUCUUCUAGCGAUGACGAACAAUCUGAAACUUUGAGCGCUGCUCAAGAUGGAGAAGCUAAGGCUGAAGCUUCAUCAUCGGACGGAGAGGAGAAAUCUUUUGGACCCGACGAAUAUUACGGACUAACUGAAGAAGAAGUAGUACUUGCAAAAUCAAUAGCCGAAAGUCCGGAUGGUGAAACAGGAAUCCAAAAAGCGACAUUGAUGCUACGCUUACGCGAUGGAAUAGGCUCGCUUGCGCGUAUACUGAAGGCCAUAGAAAAUUUCAAGGGCACUGUCACCCAUCUGGAAUCGCGUCCAUCGCGUAAAGAAGGCUCUCAAUUUGAUGUACUGGUCAAGGUGGACAUGACACGUCAGUGUCUGUUGCAACUGAUCCGCAAUUUGCGGCAAAGUGCCGCGCUUGAAGAAGUAACCCUUCUCACAGACAACUCUGUCAGCAUCAAAGACCCGUGGUUUCCACGUCACGCCUCCGAUCUCGACAAUUGCAACCAUCUGAUGACCAAAUACGAGCCGGACUUGGACAUGAAUCACCCUGGAUUCGCUGAUAAGGAGUACCGCGCUCGCAGGAAAAUCAUCGCCGAGAUAGCUUUCGCUUACAAAUACGGCGACCCUAUCCCUUCUAUUCCCUACACUGAGACCGAAAAUGAGACCUGGUUGCGAGUUUUUAACACUGUCGUUGAUUUGGUUCCAAAACACGCGUGCAUCGAGUACCAACGUGUAUUCAAAAAGCUACGAGAUGAAAAGAUUUUCGUUCCUCAUCGCAUUCCUCAGCUUCAAGAAGUCAGCGAUUUUUUGAACAGAAACACCGGAUUCACUCUGCGUCCCGCUGCUGGACUCCUUACUGCUAGAGACUUUUUGUCCAGUCUUGCUUUCAGAAUAUUCCAAAGCACACAGUACGUCAGACACAUCAACAGCCCGUACCAUACUCCUGAACCUGAUUGCAUCCACGAGCUCCUGGGUCACAUGCCGCUGCUCGCAGACCCAAGCUUCGCCCAGUUUUCACAAGAAAUCGGUCUCGCCUCCCUGGGAGCUUCCGACGAAGAAAUCGAAAAAUUGUCCACGAUCUACUGGUUCACCGUCGAGUUCGGUCUCUGCAAGGAAGGAAAAGAAGUAAAGGCCUACGGAGCUGGAUUGCUGUCAGCGUACGGAGAGCUUUUGCACUCACUGAGUGACAAAUGUGAGCACAGACCAUUCGACCCCUCGACCACGGCCCUCCAGCCGUACCAGGACCAAGACUUCCAACCGAUCUACUACGUCGCGGAAAGCUUCGAGGAUGCUAAAGAAAAAUUCAGGCGCUGGGUCAGCACCAUGAGCAGGCCCUUCGAGGUCAGAUUCAACCCACACACGCAGAGAGUUGAAGUUCUUGACUCUGUCGAAAGACUCGAGGGUCUUGUCAAUCAAGUCAACACUGAGAUACUUCAUCUGACGAAUGCCAUCAAAAAAAUGCAAGCUACAAGAAUCUAA